AUGGUUAAGUGUCCUGUUUGUAAUGAACCAAGGUAUAAGAAAGUUUUCAAUGAGGAGAGAAAACUUACUAAAGUUGCUCAAAAGACUUUAAGACACUUUCCAUUAAUUCCUAGGCUGCAGCUGCUGUACAUCGUGUCAUGGAUAGCAGAGCUAAUGCUUUGGCACUUUAGAGCUCAGUCAGAUAUCAAUGUUAUGCGGCAUCCUGUGGACUCCUCAGCUUGGCGAUGUGCUGAUAGCUUUUCGCCAGGGUUUUCUAAGGAGCCGCGUAAUGUGACCCUUGGGAUAUCAACAGAUGGUUUCAACCCAAAUGGGUGUUUCGGUACUAACCACAGUUGUUGGCCGGUAGUUGUCCAGCCAUACAAUCUCUUUCUUUCCUCGUGUAUGAAGCGAGAAUUCUCGAUAUUGGUGUUGUUGAUAUCUGGCCCAAGAGCACCAGGUAAAGAUAUAUAUGUUUAUUUAGAACCUCUGAUAGAAGAGUUAAUAGUGUUAUGGAAUGAAGGUGUGUUAACAUAUGAUAGCUUUAGCAAAACUGAAUUUGUAAUGAGGGAAAGGUUGUUAUGGGCAAUACACGAUUACCCUGCAUUAGGUACUUUAUCUGGAUGUGUAACGCAUGGGUACUUAGCUUGUCAUCACUACGGAGAAGGAACUCGUUCAGACUAUCUGCCGUUUAGUAGGAAAAUAUGUUAUAUGGGACACCGUAGAUGGCUUCCAAUAGGAAACAAAUUUCGAGAUGAUAAGACCAAUUUUGAUGGAGUUGUAGAGCAUGGUACAGCCCCAUGGCCACUAUCUGGCUUACAGAUUCAACAGAAGGUAGCUAAUUUGAAAACUAAACAUGGUAAAGGAAAACCACCAGCAGAACCAAGUAAGAAACGUAAACGGAGAGCUGCAGAGGACAACGACGAAGAUGUUGAUGCAGAAGAAGAGGUUCAGGACAGGUCGUUGUUUUCGCGAAGGUUUAUUCUAUAUGAUUUGCCAAACUGGGGAUCAAAUUCCAUCCGACAUAUUACAGAUGUAAUGCACACAGAAAAGAACAUAACUGAGCAUCUACUUAACACCAUAAUGGGAAAUGGCAAGUCGAAAGACAGUCCUGGUGCACGUCAAGAUCUGGAAGCUAUGGGGGUUAAAAGGAAAUUAUGGUUGAAAGUGGAUGAGGUGACUGGUAAAACCAUAAUGCCAGAUGGAGCUUUCUCAAUGUCAAGAAAGAAGAAAGUUGCUUUUUGUACAAUUCUGAAGAACUUAAGGGUGCCGAGCAAUUUCUCUUCCAAAUUUCGCAAUAGCGUCAACAUUAAUCCUCCAGAGCUAAGGAAUUUCAAGUCGCACGAUUACCACGUCACAAUGCAAUAUUUGUUGCCAUUGUUGGAUCAUGUAUCUACUUCAAUACCAAAAGAUCUGCGAGUUGCUCUUCUCCGUAUCAGUACAUUCUUCAGAAUUCUGUGUGCAAAGGUUAUCAACAGAGAACAUCUUAUAAGAGCUAAGGCUAGUUUGGUGGAAACCAUUUGUGUUCUGGAAAAACAUUUCCCUCCUUCUUUAAUGGUGCAUUUGGUCGAUGAAGCUUUAAUCUGCGGUCCGGUCGGAUUUAGAUGGAUGUAUCCCUUUGAGAGGCUGAUGAAAGGAUUCAAGGGAUUGGUGCGCAACAUGAGGUACAUUGAGGGUUGCAUCGCCAUAGGGUAUAUCACGCGAGAAGCUAGCUUAUAUUGCAUGGAAGAUGUGUCAGUAAAUGGUGAAGGUACUCACAAACAUACUCGGAAAGCUUUUUUAGAUGAUGACGAUGAGUUUGCUGAUGAGAUGUCGUUAAGCAAGCCUAAAAAUAUCACUUUGACUACGGUACAGUUUGAACAAGCUCGCAACUGGGUCCUAUCCAAGUUUGUUGGGAUAGAUGAAUGGAAAAGGAAGUAUGCUGCCUAUGUUAACAGUCGCAAGACUCAUGGUCCAAGAAAUCGUACAUCACAACAACCAUUGAAGAGUUUUCUGUUAUGGUUACGUGAUGAGUUGUUAGAAGCCAAUGAUGUGAAUUCAGUGCUUUGGCGACUAGUGCAGGGUCCUCUCUUCAAGCCACAGUCGUAUAAGAGAUACCAAGUUAAUGGUUUCUUUUUUUGUGCACAAGAUUCCGAUGAGCGAACGGUAACACAUGACAGUGGUGUCUCGAUGAGAGCAAUUACCAGACAUAGAGCGAAGUCUACGGACAGAAAUUACAUCGAAGCCGAAGUUGUCUAUUAUGGAAUCAUUAAAAAUAUUAUCAGUUCAAACUAUAUGGAAUUUGAAGAGACAGUUUUUUAUUGUGAUUGGAUCAGAGUUGAAGAUAAGACUAAUGGAUGCCAAGUUGAUCCAAACUCAUACUUGAUAAAGGUUAACUUGUCUAAGAUGAAAAGCAUUGAUAGAGUGCAGGAUGAACCCUUUAUUAUGGCUUCAGAAGCAACCCAAGUAUUCUACUCAACGGAUCUUUCACCCGAGGGAUGGUCUGUGGUCUUGCAUUCACCGCAGGGGUUAACUUCCUUAGUAGAUAACACUGAGAUACCCACUAUUAAUCAGUCUGUUUUUACUGAAAAUGAGAGUUUAGAAAACCAUAUAUGUGCUGAUUCCGUAGUUUAG